AUGGAUCCUUCAGAGAUAAGAAAGAAAAUCGGUCGCUUUCGAAUCCUCGUCAUAGGAAGAGCGAACGCAGGAAAAACUACCAUCCUCCAAAGAGUCUGCAACACAUGGGACAGCCCAGAAAUAUACAACAUCGCAGGGGAAAAGAUCGAUCCUGCAGUCCUACAGGCAUCUAGAGAGCGUGGAGAACACGACAUCGAGAACGAAAUGGUGUUUCAAAGUAACCCGGGAUUUGUAUUCCACGACUCGCGCGGUUUCGAGGCAGGCGGCGAAUCAGAAUACAACAUGGUCAAGGCAUUUAUCACUCGCCGUUCCAAAGAAACCAAAAUAAAAAAUCAGCUCCAUGUCAUCUGGUACUGUAUCCCAAUGGACGAGGCCAGCAGGUCGUUCACCGCAGGUGAAAAUAAAUUUUUCUCUGAGUGCGAUACAGGAAGCACAUCACAAUCCUCAGUUCCAGUUAUCAUAUUGUUCACAAAGUUUGAUGCCCUCUACGACGUCGCAUUCAAACAGCUGAAAAAGAAUGGAACACCUCGACAAGACGCUACAACACAGGCCCCAAAACACGCCGAAGAGUCAUUUGCUAAUGGGCCACAACUGAGGUUUCUCAACGACCUCCCACGGCCUCCUAAAUGUCAUGUAUGCCUUCCUGACAUGAACAAGGAUGGUGCAGAUUGUAGCCCACUGAUCAAACGAACGGCUGAAACUCUGGAUAAUGAAGUGCUGGAGCAAUUGUUCGUGUCAACACAGCAGACCAAUUUGGAGCUCUGCGUGGAAUAUGCAAUUAAGAGGUAA